AGCAAAAAAACAAGCAAAACACAGCUUUUUAACCUAGAAAAGUAGAUCUGGUCACACAUUCGACAACUGUAUAAGAUUUGUACUUGACCGGAAACUGAAUGGAACAAAGUUCCCUUCUGUCUUCUUCUUCGUCUUCUUCUUUGAAGGUUCCUAGACCUGCAAUUUCUCUUUGUUUCAUCACCCAAUUCAUUUAACAAGAUUUGGUUGUGAACAAUCCUUCAUUUGAUUUGCAAUGUAAGCAAACACAAGAUUUUUAAUGGAGAAUUAUGGGUCUUCAUCUUCUUACCCGUACAAUAACCCCUGUCCAUACCCUUAUCGUCAUCCUCCUCCAAAUCAUGGCUAUCCACCUCCUCCCAAUUCAGAUUCAUACCACCCCUCUGCUUCCUAUCCAUACCCUUAUGCUCAUUAUACGUAUCCACCACACGCUUACGCAUCACCACCACCUGCGUACGCAUCACCACCACCUCCCUAUUCGUAUCCUUACCCUUCAUCUCCAAUUCCACAUGGUUCUCCUUCACCAUCCCUUUCACAUCAUGGCAGUUUCGAUUACAGUUUAUCGCAGUAUCCUUAUCAGCAUCAACCGGGCCAUGAUAGCACCCCACAAGGAGCUUCCCUUUCCUCUCAUCAAAGACAUGAUAUUUGCCCUCCUUUGGGAACUGGGUCAUCGAUAAAUCAUGAUACUUAUAGUGAUUCCGCCAAUUCUCACUCUUCUGCAUACCCACCUUUGGAUGAUCUGUUGAGUAACAUGCAUUUGAAUGAUAAUAAUCGCCCUUCUGCCCCUGCUUCCCCGCCAGCGCCUUCAGUGCCACCAGUGCCUGAUUCCUCUAUUAGCCUUCAUAGUUUGAGUUUGGGGCAUGGAUAUAAACAAGACUUUUAUGGUUAUCCUAAUGACUCCUUUUCAAGUAAUUACGAGGGGGCUUAUUUGGGCCAGGCUGAUUCUUCUGGUCAAUAUUCUACAUCUGUUUAUGCCCAUUCAAGUUCCUCUAACGAUUCACAGCAUAGCCAGGGUACGCAGAUUGUGCCUUGGCAGAAUGGUAAAGCAUCUCUGCGGGUUUUGCUUUUACAUGGAAAUUUGGAUAUAUGGGUUUAUGCUGCGAAGAACCUUCCAAACAUGGACAUGUUUCAUAAGACACUAGGUGAUAUGCUUAAUAAAUUACCAGGAAAUAUAGGAACCAAGGUAGAAGGAAAAAUGAGCCGCAAGAUUACCAGCGAUCCAUAUGUUUCAAUUUCAGUAGCUGGUGCUGUAAUUGGGAGAACUUUUGUGAUUAGCAACAGUGAAGAUCCUGUUUGGAUGCAACAUUUUUAUGUUCCUGUUGCACAUUAUGCUGCUGAAGUGCAAUUUUUGGUUAAAGACAGUGAUGUUGUGGGUUCACAGUUAAUAGGAAUUGUUGCCAUUCCAGUUGAACGAAUAUAUUCAGGGGCUAGAGUUGAGGGAGUUUACCCUGUUUUGAAUAGCAGUGGUAAACCAUGUAAACCUGGAGCUGUAUUGAAAAUUUCAAUUCAAUAUACCCCAAUGGAGAAACUGAGCAUUUACCAUCCAGGCGUGGGGGCAGGUCCUGACUAUCAAGGUGUGCCAGGCACGUAUUUUCCUCUUAGGAAAGGUGGAACAGUGACUCUUUACCAAGAUGCCCAUGUUCCAGAUGGGUGUCUUCCAAGUUUGAAACUUGAUGACAGGUUGUCUUAUGUGCAUAGAAAGUGUUGGCAUGAUAUCUUUGAUGCAAUACGCCAUGCCAGGCGCUUAAUUUAUAUUGUAGGGUGGUCAGUAUGGCACAAAGUUAGACUGAUUCGAGAUGCUGGUCAUCCAUCAGAUGCCACAUUGGGGGAUCUGCUGAGGUCCAAGUCCCAGGAAGGAGUAAGAGUGCUGCUUCUUGUUUGGGAUGACCCUACUUCAAGGUGUAUCUUAGGAUAUAAAACUGAUGGAAUUAUGGCGACCCAUGAUGAGGAAACCCGCCGUUUUUUCAAACACUCAUCAGUGCAAGUGCUUCUUUGUCCUCGCAUUGCUGGAAAAAGACAUAGCUGGGUCAAGCAAAGGGAAGUCGGAACUAUAUAUACGCACCAUCAGAAGAAUGUAAUUGUAGAUGCUGAUGCUGGCAAUAACAGAAGAAAAAUCAUAGCUUUUGUUGGUGGACUUGAUUUAUGUGAUGGACGAUAUGAUACUCCACAUCAUCCUUUAUUUAGGACACUGCAAACUGUGCAUAAGGAUGACUAUCACAACCCUACUUUCACGGGUAAUAACGUUUCUGGUUGUCCAAGAGAACCAUGGCAUGAUUUGCACUGUAGAAUUGAUGGUCCAGCAGCAUAUGACGUUCUAGCCAACUUUGAGGAGCGCUGGUUCAAGGCUGCAAAACCCCAUGGGAUAAAAAAACUAAAAAUGUCAUAUGAUGAUUCUCUGCUCAGGAUUGAAAGAAUUCCAGAUAUUGUAGGAGUUUUUGAUGCUCCUUCUGUUGGUGAGAAUGAUCCUGAAGCUUGGCAUGUUCAGAUUUUUCGUUCAAUAGAUUCCAGUUCUGUUAGAGGCUUCCCAAAGGAUCCCAAAGAAGCCACAAGCAAGAACCUGGUCUGUGGGAAGAAUGUCCUCAUUGACAUGAGCAUACAUACAGCCUAUGUGAAGGCCAUUCGUGCUGCCCAGCACUUUAUUUAUAUAGAGAAUCAAUAUUUCAUUGGAUCCUCAUACAACUGGAGUUCAUAUAAUGAUUUAGGCGCUAAUAAUUUAAUUCCAAUGGAAAUUGCUUUGAAGAUUGCUGAUAAAAUCAGAGCAAAUGAAAGAUUUGCUGCGUAUAUUGUUAUUCCAAUGUGGCCAGAGGGUGUUCCAACUGGUGCUGCUACACAAAGGAUUCUAUUUUGGCAGCAUAAAACUAUGCAAAUGAUGUAUGAGACAAUUUACAAGGCUUUGUUGGAGGUUGGACUUGAGAAUACGUUCUCACCUCAGGAUUAUUUGAACUUCUUCUGUCUUGGUAAUCGUGAGUUGACAGACACACAUGACACUUCAGGCAUCUCAAGUGCCACUGCCGCAAACACUCCUCAGGCAAACAGUCAGAACAGCCGGCGGUUCAUGAUUUAUGUUCAUUCAAAAGGGAUGAUAGUGGAUGAUGAAUAUGUAAUAUUGGGAUCUGCAAACAUAAACCAGCGUUCAAUGGAGGGCACAAGAGACACUGAAAUUGCAAUGGGGGCAUAUCAGCCUCGUCAUACCUGGGCAAGAAAACAAUCUAAUCCACAUGGACAGAUAUAUGGAUAUAGGAUGUCACUAUGGGCAGAACAUAUUGGAGCUAUUGAGGACUGCUUCACAAAGCCAUCAAGUCUUGAAUGUGUUAGAAGAAUUAGGACACUGGGGGAGAUGAAUUGGAGACAAUAUACAGCUGACGAGGUUACAGAGAUGAGAGGGCACCUGCUAAAAUACCCAGUUGAAGUUGAUAAGAAGGGAAAAGUGAGGCCUAUUCCUGGAUGUGAAACUUUCCCUGAUGUGGGUGGAAAUAUAGUGGGUUCAUUUCUUGCCAUUCAAGAGAAUCUGACCAUCUGAAUAGACUUGUUACAAAUGCACAGUAUGGGGAUAUGCCUAAAAGCAAACAUUUCCCUUGAGUAUAUAGGUUGUUAAUUCGCUAUAAAACUUCUACAUACCAUACCUGUAUUCAAAGGAGCCCUGCUAAAAUGAGAUUGAUCUUGUGAAUUUGUAUAGAUACAACAAGAAGAUAAAGAAUUAUAGAUUUUUUGCCUACAA